AUGGGGUAUCCACCACCUACACGAAGGCUUGGAGACAAGAAAAGAUACCAUUAUUCUAAUAAUCCUAAUCGAAGGCAUCCCUCCGGUGUCUAUUCCAAAAAUGGCUUUUUAAAAUCAAUCAAUAAUGGAUUUGUGCCUUCUCCUACUGCAGAAAUUUCAACGGACCCAUCUAUUGUUCCCACAAGCGCACCACCACCUCUUCCUUCCGCGAUGCCUGCAAGCACAUUUGGUAUCGAAGCACCAAGGCCGUCCCGGUAUGAUCCGGGCUCAGUAAGUAGGCCCACGUCAUCAUCUUAUUUGCCAGCUAGGAAGAUUGGCAGCCGCUACAAUCCAGAAGUUGAAAGACCCUCUUCAACCGCCGGUUCAACCCCGGAAAACACAAAUUCGAACAUCACCAGUAACGCCAAUGCGGACACUGGAAAAUCACGCUAUUCCCAAAAAACCAUGAGUAGAUAUAACCCUCAGUCUAAUAGCUCUUCAAAUCUUACGCACUUUUCUUCAAGUGUUUCAAAUGCUCCCCCGUUUUACGUCGCUAAUGGAAAUUCUCGGGUUAGGCCUAGAUCAAUAGAUGAUUACAGUCUCGAUGUAUCGAACAAUCCUGAACCAAAUGCUGCUUCAUCAGUUGAUGGUAAUAGCGCUCAUUCUUAUUACUCUAGGAGCAACAAAUGGAGAUCGGUUGGAACACCUUCAAGACCGCCGUUUGAGGACCAUGUUGGUAAUAUGGCAACUGUCAACAGUAAUAAUUUAGUUCACCUAAGAGAACCUUUUUGGAAAAGUAACGACUUAAGUUUCUUAAAAUCUUCUCAUUCGCAGUCAUCGCCUUCCCUUUAUGCUAAUAAAUUUCACGAAGUAAGUAAAGUUGAUAGAUCACAAUCACCAGUUAAAAUUGAAGCGUCAUGCGCGGAUGAAGCAAAAGUUACCCCAUAUCAUGAUGAUAAAUUUCAAUUAGAAGAACCGGAUAUCAAGCCUCAUGUCUCUACAGAAUCAGACACCAGCAAGGAUCAUGGUGAAAAGAUCGAGGAAAGUCUACUUAAAACCAGGCGUGAGCUGCUUAAGAAACACUCUGUGCUAGAAAAAAGAAAAGAGUACGAUGAAGUGGAAGUCGACGUUAGAAAAUCGGAAGAAUCUAAUACGGAUAGAAAGCAGGAUGAGAUCUGGACGACAGCGACAACUACAGUUGUUAGUGCGAUUGAAGAGGACAAAGAACAGGGAAAGGAAAAGAGGAAAUCUAUUGAGAAAAAGGAGACUCCAGAAAUUAGGAAUUAUGAAAGGAUAUACGAUCCAAAAGUUCUGAGAACAGACUUAACAAAGCUCGUAGUAGCAAAUGAUAAUAAAGGUUACGAGGAGCCACUUGAGGAAAUUGAGAGGUGCAUUUUCCCAUUAUCGAAAUCAGAGACAAGGUUAUGGGAGUUGAAAAAUCAGACAAGGAACAAAAUAGUCAGUAAACAGAAAUACCUAUUGAAAGACACAAUCAAGAGUUUUACAGAGUAUCCAUUUUAUGUCCAAAACAAACUUAUUCAUCAACAGGCGACAGGGCUUAUCCUAACCAAAAUCGUAUCUAAAAUAAAGAAGCAAGAAUAUUUGAAAAGAAUAAAGUUAAAGCAUGAUUAUUUUGAUUUGCAAACAAAAUACGAAAAAGAGUGCGAAGUUUUGACUAAACUAAGUGAAAAUUUGAGGAAGGAAGAAAUUGAAAAUAAGCGUAAGGAGCACGAGUUAAUGGAGCAGAAAAGACGAGAGAAAGGUAUUGAAACAGAAAAAGAAAAGAGCAUACGCCAUUCGUCCUCGUCUUCAUCAUCCCGUCGCAGAAAUAGAGCUGAUUUUGUUGAUGAUGCAGAAAUGGAAAAUGUACUACUACAGAUAGAUCCAAAUUAUAAGCAUUAUCAAGCGGCUGCAACAAUCCCACAACUGAUAUUAGAUCCACUUAAAAAGUAUUCUCACAAGUUUUGCGAUGUUAAUAAUUUAGUAACAGACAAAUACCUCUGGGCGUCUAGAGUAUUGAAGGACGCUGUUGAUAACUUUUCUGACCAUGAACAUUCCCUGUUUUUGGAGGGUUAUUCGAUCCAUCCCAAAAAAUUUGGAAAAAUUUCACACUACAUGGGUGGACUGCGAACUCCUGAAGAAUGUGUCCUGCAUUAUUAUAGAACCAAAAAAACUGUUAAUUAUAAACAACUCCUUAUUGAUAAAAACAAGAAGAGGAAAAUGUCUGCUGCGGCCAAGCGUCGUAGGAGAAAAGAAAGGAGCAACGACGAAGAAAUUGAGAUAGACGAAGGUAAAGAAGACACAAUGGACACGGCGGAUAAGAAAGGAAAGAGUGAAAACAUUGUUGAAGAAAUCAUCCACCCCGUUUUGGUGCAUGUGCCUGAAUUGGAAGAUAAUCCACAAGGUAUAUCUGAAAACGCCAUCGGUAUUGCUGAAAAAGAGAGCGAUGAAGUUGUAGGUAGACCAGAAGACACUACAACGGCGAAUGAACUGAAGAGGGUGUAUGAUGUGAUCGAAGGCAACGAUAACAAGUCUAAUAUUAUCAAAGUCAACAAUGAACUUGCGUCCACGGCAGUCAAAGAAGGUGUUCAAAAUGACUAUUAUCCUGAGGAGUCUAGGGAACUCGAUUUUGGUUUAGAAAACGCAUUACAAAGAAAAAAGCACAAAGCUGCAUUGGAACAUAAAACAAGUUAUUGGAGUGUUCGUGAAUCUCAACUUUUCCCAGAAUUAUUGAAGGAUUUUGGUUCUCAAUGGUCUUUGAUAUCAGAGAAACUGGGAACGAAGUCAACUACCAUGGUAAGGAACUACUACCAAAGAAAUGCUGCCCGAAAUGGGUGGAAAUUGUUAGUUGACGAAACGGAUUUAAAGCGAGAUGGAACGAGUUCAGAGUCCGUGCAACAAUCCCAAAUAUUGAUACAACCAGAGCGUCCCAAUAUCAACGUUUAUAAUAAUAUUCCUCCCCAGCAAAGGCCGGCUUUAGGCUACUUUGUUGGGCAACCAACUCAGGUGCCCAACACAUCUAUGUCUUCUAUUGAUGGCUCUAUAAGACCCUUUGGGCCUGACUUUCAUCGUGACAGUUUUUCGAAGGUUAGUACUCCUCUAACUACUUUACCACCGCCAAGGCUACCAUCUAUCCAAUUUCCUCGCUCAGAAAUGCCUGAACCUACAAUGGCUGAUCUGCGAAUCAGAACUGUAGACCAUAUUGACACAUUGGCCGAUGCAGCCUCGUCUGUAACAAAAACUAAUAAUCAAAAUUUUAGUGAUGAAAGGCAUAACAUUGACAUUAACCGUAAAUCAGCAACAAUUAGUAGUCUACUGAAUAAUUCUGACCGAGAUACCAAGGCUUCUCUUCAAAACGGUCCCAGGUAUCAUGCGCAAAUUGAGGACACUCCCAAGUUGAACAAUAUUGUGGUACAAGAAAUAAAGCCGAACAUCACUACGCCAAGAUCCAGUUCUAUUUCCGCAUUGUUGAACCCUGUCAAUGGGAAUGGACAAUCGAAUCCAGAUGGCAGACCGUUACUACCGCUCAACAGUACUGCUUCUCAAGGCCCUUCCAGUUUUCCACUACCGCCUCCACGCACUAGCACGGCAGGUCGUCUGCCCCCAAAGUUCAAUUUUUCAAAUGAUCCACUGGCUGCUUUGGCUGCAGUGGCAUCUGCACCAGAUGCGAUUAAUGGGUUUUUGUCUAAAAAGGAGAAUAAUAACUGA